UUCACUCUGCCCUCCCAGCCCCCUCUCCAGAUCCUAGCUGACAGGUGGGAGGAGCCCGCUGGGGAGGGGUCCCGGUUUGGUUGCAGGCCGCCGGCUUUAGGAGAGACGAGACGCCGGUGCUGCUGAGCCUGGGUCGGGCAGGCUCGAGGGGACGGCCUUCUGGCUACUCCUGCUCUGCUUCUCGACCUCUCCAAGAGCCAAGGGCCCACAGCUCACCUCCCGAGCUGGGGAGGCUGGGCAGGGCUGGGUUGAGUUCAACUGUGCUGAGGGACCGCUCGGCUGCCGGGGAAGGCCGUGGCACCGUCCCCCCGGCCUGACCCCGUUCCGCGCUUGCUCCUUCUCCCGUCGUAUCCAGGCUGCCAGGCCUGUAGGUCGGAGAUGUUGCUAGAAGAGAUAAGCGCCGGGGACCGACUCAGCGGGGCUGCAGCCCGAGGUGAUGUGAACGAGGUGCGGCGCCUCCUUCAUCAGGAAUUCGUACAUCCCGACUCCCUGAACCGCUUCGGCAAGACCGCCCUGCAGGUCAUGAUGUUUGGGAGCUCGCCCAUCGCUCUGGAGCUGCUAAAGCAGGGAGCCAGCCCCAAUGUCCAGGAUGGGUCGGGCACUUCCCCGGCCCACGACGCAGCGCGCACAGGAUUCCUAGACACUCUUCGGAUCCUGGUGGAGCACGGCGCAGACGUAAAUGUGCCGGACGGCUCCGGGGCGCUGCCUAUCCACCUGGCGGUCCGAGAAGGUCACGCAGCGGUGGUCAGCUUUUUGGCAGGGGAAUCUGACCUGCAGCACCGGGAUGCCGGGGGCCUCACACCCCUUGAACUAGCUCGGCAAUGUGGAGCCGGGCAGUUGGGGCGGAUCUUGGAGAGGCACCUCCCUACUCCUUCGUUGUGAAUGCGGGGCCCUUCAGCCACCGGGACAGCUGGAUGCCACUUGGCACUGGUGGGACCAGCCCUAGGAAGCCCCGAAACAGAGAAUAGGGAAGGGUUGGGGGGUGUCUGUGUCUCUGGAUGGUUGAGAAUGGUCAAUUCUCUUCAUAUUACACGCCUACCCGAGUGCCGAAGAUCCAUCUCCUCCCCGCCCCCACCCCCACCCCAAGUUAUGGUUUGUUGGUGUUUAUUUGUGUGGUUAUUUUCCUCUUUCGGUGUGAUGUGAGAAGCUUCGGGGAGGCAAGGGCUGCAGAUAGCCAACCGAGCAAUCGGCGACAGUCUAGGACCCUCGGUCCUAGCAGUUCCUGGGUACAGCAGGGAAGGAGGCCUGAUAAACGGUUCAGUUUUUGCCCCUCUCAUCCCUAUCCCUUCCCUUGAGACUGGCACAGCUUUCGGAGCCCUGGGCGAUCGAGAGCAAUGCCUUAAACUCUCUCCUAUCCCCUCCCUGGUCCAAUGUGGCUGUUCCUCCCACACUCUCCACUCUCCCCCCCCCCCCAAACACCUGAGGGGAUUUCUAGGUUCUCAGAAGCAGCUACCUUUUGACAAAAGUCUGCUCGGGGACUUUAGGGAGUAGAGAAGGGAACUACUUCCUUUACAAACCCAGGAACAACUGAAUUUUAGGGGAUCAAAAUAAGAGUGGUGGCAGGGGGAAUGUUCCAUUUUCUUUCGUUGAAGGCCUCUUUCCAUCCUCUUGUACAGAGUUUUUAAAAGAUUCUAUUUAUUAUGCUUUCUGAAAAAAUGUUGUGUGAUAAUUUAAUGUUU